UUUAUAUUUCUCUUAAAGUUACCUACCCAUAAAUACCUCUCCAUGUAUUCAAAGAAAUAAAUACUCCCCACCCCUCCAUCCAACAACUGCUCCUCAUACCUCGUAAUAACAAACACAACAAUGAAAUUGUUAGCAAAGAGGCUUUCCAACAAGUUCAUUCCUUUACAAGUCAUGUUUUUCUUUGUCAUCAUCGUCCUUGCAUUGGUCUCUUCUUCUAAUGUUGCUGCUUAUGCUUCCUUUGGAGAAGAAGGAACUGAAGCAGUGGCUCUUUUGAAGUGGAAAGCUAGCCUUGACAAUCAAAGCCAAUCUCUCCUAUCAUCAUGGGUUGGAAGCAACAACCCUUGCAAUAAUUGGGUUGGCAUUGGUUGCAACAAUGUUGGAAGAGUCACAUCUAUGAACUUUACAGGUUGUGGCUUACGAGGUACGCUUCACAAUUUUAACUUCUCAUCCUUUCCCAGUCUUCUCCGGAUGGACUUUGGUAACAAUUCACUCUCCGGAACCGUCCCCCCACAUUUCAGUAACCUUUCCAAACUCAUCUUCCUUGACUUGUCCCUCAACCAUCUCUCUGGAACAAUUCCAUUUGAAAUGUGCCUAUUGUCAAAUCUUAACUUCUUUGACAUGUCUUUGAAUCAAAUCUCGGGUUCAAUCCCCCAACAAAUAGGAAUGCUUAGCAGUCUCAAUGACCUCUCUUUGCAUAGCAACUAUCUCACAGGUUCAAUCCCUGCCUCUAUAGGGAACUUGAGUAGCUUAAGUACCCGUUUAUACCUCAAUUCCAACAAACUCUCUGGACAUAUUCCUUCCAAUAUUGGGAAUUUGAGGAAGCUCCAGGUGUUGCUCUUAUUUCAAAAUCAGUUAACUGGUACCAUCCCUCCUGAAUUGAAUAAUCUCACGUUUUUGGUUGGAUUUGCGGUAUCUCAAAACGAGCUUACUGGCCAUUUACCACGAGAUAUAUGCUCCGGUGGUUUAUUAAGACUUUUGGCAGCCAAUGACAACCAUAUCCAAGGCCUAAUUCCUAAAAGCUUGACAAAAAACUGCACUAAUCUAUAUAGAGUUAGGCUUCAAAGAAACGAACUCACUGGAAAUUUAUCCGAAGAUUUUGGUACGUACCCUGCAUUGAAUUACAUUGAUCUGAGUUACAAUAAAUUUUAUGGCCAGCUUUCAGAAAAAUGGGGUGAGUCUCGUGGUCUGACUAGCUUUAGAAUCUCCAACAAUAACAUUUCGGGAGGCAUACCUCCUAAGCUUGCAGAGGCAACACAUUUGUGUGUACUUGACCUCUCUUCCAAUCAACUAGUUGGGGAGAUCCCAAUAAAAUUGGCAAGUUUGAUUUCGUUGUUUCAUCUCAGUCUAAGUGAUAACAAACUUUCAGGAAAAAUUCCAUUGGAAAUUUCCAAGCUAUAUGAGUUGGAACACCUUAACUUGGCAGCAAAUGAUUUAAGUGGUCCAAUUCCCAAACAAUUAGGAGAUUGCACGAAACUAUUGAACUUGAAUUUAAGCAAAAAUAAUCUUGGGGAAGGUAUUCCAUUUGAAUUAGGUAAUUUACAUUCACUUCAAAGUCUUGAUCUCAGCCGAAACCUACUGACAGGUGAGAUUCCACAAAAACUUGUAGCAUUGAAAAGCUUGGAAAUAUUGAAUAUUUCCCACAAUGAACUCCGCGGCUCCAUCCAAUCCACUCUGGAUGGAAUGUUAAGUUUGACAUCGGUCGACAUAUCCUACAACCAGUUGGAGGGUCCUCUUCCUAACAUCAAAGCCUUCCAAGAAAUUCAAUUUGAAGCACUAAGAGGGAAUAAAGGUUUGUGUGGCAACACUGCAGGUUUGAAAGCUUGCUCACUUAACAAGACAGUUGGGAACAAGGGCAACAAAGCUAUUGUCUGGAUUUUACUUCCAUUUUUUGUCAUUUUAUUUAUCUUUUGUGCGGUUGUCUAUAGUUGUGUCUUCCACUCUAGAGUGAGGACAAAAGAAACGGAGCUUAGAGGAGCAAACAAUCAAAAUUUGUUUUCCGUAUGGAGCUAUGAUGGAAAAUUGGUGUACAACAACAUCAUUGAUGCAACAAAUGAAUUCAACUCCGAUCAUUGCAUUGGGGAGGGAGGAUUUGGUGUUGUUUAUAAAGCUCACUUACUGAGUGGUCAAGUUCUUGCUGUGAAGAAAUUUGAAGUAUCACAGGCCGGUGAGUUGGCUCAUUUGAAAAGUUUUGAAAGUGAGAUCCGUGCAUUGACAGAAAUACGACAUCUUAAUAUCGUGAAGCUUUAUGGUUUUUGUUCACAUCCACGACAUUCAUUUUUGGUUUAUGAGUACUUGGAAAGGGGAAGCUUGAAAAAGAUACUAAGCAAUGAGGAAGAAGCUGUGGAUUUUGAAUGGAUUAAGAGGGUCAAUGUUAUUAAAGGUGUGGCAAAUGGUUUGUCUUAUAUGCACCAUGAAUGUUCGCCUCCGAUUAUCCAUCGGGACAUAUCUAGCAAGAAUGUUUUGUUAGAUGGAGAAUAUGUAGCUCACAUUUCAGAUUUUGGCACAGCUAGAUUUGUAAAGCCCGAUUCAUACUAUUGGACUUCAUUUGCAGGGACCUUUGGAUAUGCUGCCCCAGAACUUGCUUACAUGGUGGAAGUGAAUGAGAAUUGUGAUGUUUAUAGUUUUGGAGUGCUGACAUUGGAAGUGAUUAUGGGAAACCAUCCAGGCAGUCUCAUCACUUCUCUGCCAUCAUAUUCAUCACCAUCAUGGUCAAAACCAAUUGCCGAUAGUAUAUUACUGAAGGAUGUUUUGGACCAACGCCUACCACCACCCAGGAAUCAAUUGAUGGUAGAAGUGGUUUUUAUGGUCAAGCUAGCAUUGACGUGUUUGCGUAUUAGUCCAAAAUUGCGACCCACCAUGAAACAAGUUUCUGCAGAUCUAUCAAAAGAAAAACCACCUCUUCAAAAUCAAUUCUACAAGAUUACUGUUGGAGAAUUGUUUGAUGAUAUCAACAAAUCAACUUUCUGACUGCCGCACCUUCCUUGUAUUAACUUGCUUACACAAUGGAAGUGGAUAAGAGGUUGGAUGUUUAUAGCUUUGGAGUUUUAACACUGGAAGUGUUAAUGGGAAGCAUCCGGGCAAUCUCAUCUCUUCUCUUUCCUCAUCACCGCCCACUAUUUAUGGUAUAUUGUUGGAAGAUAUAUUGGAUUCACGCCUCCCACCUCCUAGGACUCAUGUGGAAAAAGAAGUGGUCCUUGUUGCAAAAUUAGCAUUGGCAUGUUUGCACACUAGACUACAGUCCUGACCAACAAUGCCACAAAUUUCUAUGGCACUAUCAAAACAGAGGCCUCCUCUGCUGAAUCCAUUCCACUUGAUUUCAUUGGGACAACUCAUUGAUGUCAACUGUUUGACAUCCUGGGCAUUGUCGUUUUCCCUUUAUUAGUUAUAUGUCAUUGUUGUCUCAUUUCUGCUUUGAAAUUUUGAUUUUCACUAUUUUUGUUAUCUAUUUUUCUACCAUUUUCUGUGUUCAAAGUCAAAAAGACACUGAAAUACUGUUUGAAAAAAAAACUUGUUCCAAGAGAAGGCUACUUUCGUUUUUAGAGAA